CGCACCCAGCUGGUGGAGCAGUUCAAAUGCCUGGAGCAGCAGUCGGAGUCGCGGCUGCAGCUGCUGCAGGACCUGCAGGAGUUCUUCCGCAGGAAGGCUGAGAUUGAGCUGGAGUACUCCCGCAGCCUGGAGAAACUGGCCGAGCGCUUCUCGUCCAAGAUCCGCAGCUCCAGAGAGCACCAGUUCAAGAAAGAUCAGCACCUGCUUUCCCCCGUGAACUGCUGGUACCUGGUUCUGACGCAGACCCGGCGAGAGAGCAGGGACCACGCCACCCUGAACGACAUCUUCAUGAACAACGUCAUCGUGCGGCUGGCGCAGAUCAGCGAGGACGUCAUCAGGCUCUUCAAAAAGAGUAAGGAGAUUGGCUUGCAGAUGCAUGAAGAACUCCUGAAAGUCACCAACGAGCUGUACACGGUGAUGAAGACCUACCACAUGUAUCACGCAGAAAGCAUCAGCGCCGAGAGCAAGCUGAAGGAGGCAGAGAAGCAGGAGGAGAAGCAGUUCAACAAGUCAGGGGACAUCAGCGUCAACCUGCUGCGGCACGAGGACAGGCCUCAGCGGCGCAGCUCGGUCAAGAAGAUUGAGAAGAUGAAGGAGAAGAGACAAGCCAAAUACUCUGAAAACAAGCUGAAGUGUACUAAAGCCAGGAAUGACUAUCUGCUAAACGCCGCCGUCAGCAAAUACUACAUCCACGACGUCUCCGACCUCAUCGAUUGCUGUGACCUGGGGUUCCACGCCAGCCUGGCCCGGACCUUCAGGACGUACCUGUCUGCCGAGUACAACCUGGAAACCUCCCGCCACGAGGGCCUGGACAUCAUCGAGAACGCUGUGGACAACCUGGAUGCACGCAGUGACAAGCACACCGUCAUGGACAUGUGCAACCAGGUCUUCUGCCCCCCGCUGAAGUUUGAGUUCCAGCCCCACAUGGGGGAUGAGGUGUGCCAGGUGAGCGCCCAGCAGCCCGUGCAGACGGAUCUGCUGAUGCGGUACCACCAGCUGCAGUCGCGACUGGCAACGCUCAAGAUCGAGAAUGAGGAGGUACGAAAAACUCUGGAUGCCACAAUGCAGACCUUGCAGGACAUGCUGACGGUGGAAGAUUUCGAUGUUUCGGAUGCCUUCCAGCACAGUCGCUCCACUGAGUCAGUCAAAUCAGCUGCAUCAGAGACCUACAUGAGCAAAAUAAACAUCGCCAAGAGGAGAGCCAACCAGCAGGAAACCGAAAUGUUCUAUUUUACGAAAUUUAAGGAGUAUUUGAAUGGCAGCAACCUUAUCACGAAGCUCCAGGCUAAGCACGACUUGCUGAAGCAGACUCUGGGAGAAGGUGAAAGAGCCGAAUGCGGAACAACGAGGCCCCCAUGUCUUCCCCCUAAGCCACAGAAAAUGAGGAGACCUAGGCCUCUCUCAGUCUAUAAUCAUAAACUCUUUAACGGCAAUAUGGAAACGUUCAUUAAGGAUUCAGGACAGGCCAUUCCGCUUGUGGUAGAAAGCUGCAUUCGUUACAUCAAUUUGUACGGCCUUCAGCAGCAGGGCAUUUUCAGAGUCCCUGGCUCCCAGGUGGAAGUCAACGACAUCAAGAACUCGUUUGAGAGAGGUGAAGAUCCCCUCGCUGAUGAUCAGAACGAACGUGACAUUAAUUCAGUGGCUGGAGUCUUGAAGCUGUAUUUCCGAGGACUGGAAAACCCCCUCUUUCCUAAGGAAAGGUUUCAAGAUUUGAUAUCUACUAUAAAAAUCGAGAACCCCUCCGAGAGAGUGCACCAGAUCCAGCAGAUCGUCAUCACUCUGCCUCGGGCCGUCAUCGUAGUCAUGAGAUACCUUUUUGCUUUCCUCAAUCACUUGUCGCAGUACAGCGAUGAGAACAUGAUGGAUCCCUACAACCUGGCCAUCUGCUUUGGGCCCACGCUGAUGCACAUUCCAGACGGGCAGGAUCCGGUGUCCUGCCAGGCCCAUGUCAACGAGGUCAUCAAAACCAUCAUCAUUCACCACGAGGGCAUCUUCCCCAGCCACAGAGAGCUGGAAGGACCCGUCUAUGAGAAGUGCAUGACCGGCGGGGAGGAGUACUGCGACAGCCCGCACAGCGAGCCAGGCACCAUCGAUGAGGUCGACCACGACAACGGCACGGAGCCGCACACCAGCGAUGACGAAGUGGAGCAGAUUGAAGCAAUAGCAAAGUUUGACUACAUCGGGCGGUCUCCGCGAGAGCUCUCCUUCAAGAAAGGGGCCUCACUCCUCUUGUACCACCGGGCCUCGGAAGACUGGUGGGAAGGGAGGCACAAUGGUGUGGAUGGCCUCAUACCCCACCAGUACAUUGUGGUACAAGACAUGGAUGAUGCCUUCUCCGACAGCCUGAGUCAGAAGGCAGACAGCGAGGCAAGCAGCGGCCCGCUGCUGGAUGACAAAGCCUCCUCCAAAAACGACAUCCAGUCCCCGACGGAUCAUAUCGUGGACUACGGCUUUGGGGGAGUAAUGGGCCGGUAAGGAGACGCGCGUUUUCCUGUGAACGCAGAGGCAGUCGCUGUCACGUGUGGGGAGAGUCCGUGUGUGGUGCAGGGCGAGACAGAAGGGAAGG